AAUCUGUGUAUUUAAAUUCCUCCUGCCCGUGUUUCUUGUCGGUCAUUGUAUUGUUAUUGAGGCGUGUCGGUGUUAAGGCUCUGCUGUAUGUUGUAGUGUCACGUUCCGGGUUCCUGUCGCCAUAUAUUCUGUAGUGCACGGCACUCUGUUUUGUUUUCCUUUUUGUUUCCAUGAAAAGUUCCUUCCUGCACCCCUGCGCUUGCCUCCGUCCAUCCAUGGGUCGUUACACAUUACACACACAACGAAUGUCAGAUAAUAACAACAUUUUAAAUAUUAUAUUAGUUGUCGUUAAAAAUGUUACAAAGUCGUAUAACAACGUUACAUGUGUUAAUGUGCAAAACGUAGAAAUAUAAACAGGUUAUUAACCCCUUUGCCUUUCUCUAUCACACUCUAUUGACCUUCUCGGUUUUUCAUUUUACUCAAUUAACAGUAAUUUCUCCAUCAGGCAAAUAUUCAUUUAACCUACCCUAAAACAUUGAAUUACCUUAUCCCUAAAAGCCUUUACACACGAACGAUAUGUAACGACCACAUUUUUUACCUUUAAAAUCUAAUUCCCAGCUUCUCAAAACUCCAGAGGCUAUCGAGGCACGUGACAGACCGCGGAGCGCUUCCUCACUUUCCAUAUCCAUGCGAUUUGAUGUAAAAGUGCGUGGUCCUUUGCACACUCACUUCAAACUAGGGCCCGUCAACAGUCGCAUUCAAGGCUUCGCAUAGGUUUGAUAUUGACUUUCUAUCACCUCUACAAAGGCAUGAAUAGGUUUGUAGUAGUCGCGUUGAUCACGCUCGUUUUCUCCCACACCGCAACGGCCCAUGAGGAGGUCAUCGAUGUGAUACUAGCCAGCCUUGCCAAAAGCGCAUCUUUCCUGGAGCAAGAGCACCGCAACAUCAAUCUAGACGGAGUUGUAGGUUACAUUAUGCUGCAGGCGGAGCUAAAGGAGGCAGUGAGAGCCUGGCCCCACACCGACCCCCUGAGCUGGUCUCAAAGGACCACCACAGUCUCCCUGGUCAAGAGGUUGGGUCAGAGCCUGGCCAAGGCUGUCACAGAGCUGAAGCAGACUGACCCCAAAUACUACAAAGAAUUUGAGCCUCUCUUGACCUGGACCUUCUGGUCGGUCCCUCAUGAGUGGAGCAGCACAGACCCAUCUCUGGUCUACUCCUCUGGCGGCUCCAUGGAGUGUUACGACGAGGCCCAGGGGGACAAGUGUAUGACUCUGCUCCUGGGGACAUGGAAGAACAACGGGACUCCGUGUAUUGUGACCAAGAUGUGUCGUGACACCAUGACAAGGUUUGGAUGUCCAUACUACUCACUGUCCCACCAGCUGCUGUACUUCAUGAUCGGCGCUAAUAGAGGUUGUUCUGCCAUGCUGAAAGGGGAUAUUCGUGCGUCGCGUUCUAACCUAACAGAGAGACAGUACCAGAGGAUCUUCUGCUCCAACAUGAUGAAGGGAAACAUGGACAUUGUCCAGAAAAGCUUUAGUGGGAACACCCAGGAUAUCUUCAUUGAAAACAUACUGCUUUGUGGAUUGGCUGGCUUCUCUGACUUCUUCAAAGUUGAUUGGCUGCAGCAUAUUCUAAGGCUGCAGGAUCAGGAUGUGGGAUGCUUCAAACUCCGCAGAAGAGUGAAGAGGAGAGAGAGAAUUUUGAAUGACGGUUGUUCCAGCCACCUGACAGGUGUGUCUGUGGGUGCUCUGGGGGGAUACCUGAACUACUACCUGACUGAGCAAGAUAUCACCAAGAGACCCCUGACCUUGAUGUGAACCCCUCUCCUGGAUGCUCCAUUAGGACUGUUUCCAGAUAGCACCCCAUGGUCUGGGGAGAGGGAGUACAGACUGUGAAUAUGGUGCUAUUUGGGACAGUGGAUAAAAAACAAGGCUGUUUAAAAGUGGAUUUCUUUCUCAUUCUUUUACAUCACAAAAACCUGGUAUUUUCACUGUAUCCACUGUAGAAAUAUAAAUCUUGAACUUGCAUUGAGGAUAUGUAUACACCAGGGGAGGGCAAACCUUUUGGCUUGGACGCAUCAGGAUUUAGAAAUUAAAUGGAAGGAUACAUUUUUGUUAUUUGUUAAUCAUAAAUUAUUUUCAGGCCAGAAAUGGGCAGUAAUUAAAACAUUUAUACAGUAUGUCCAUUAUAAUGUCUAAACAAUUUCAGUUCAAAUGGAUGAGCAACUACAAAGUGUUUAAAGGCCUUAAUAUACAGCUUCAAAUCUUCUAGGAUAUGUUUCUAACAGUUUAGCACACCUGAAUUUGGCAGGUUUUUCUGUUCUUCCAUGUAGAUCCCCUCAAGCUGAUUGGAUGUGGAAUGUCAGUGAACUCUGAUCUUCAGGUCUUCCCACAGAGGUUCAAUGGUGUUCAGACUUUAUCUGGGCCACUGAACAACAUUGACAGACUGGUCCCAAAGCCACUCCAGCAUUGUCUUGAAGGUGUGCUGUGGGUCAUUGUUGGGCUGAAAGAUGAAUCUCCACACAGUCUGAGGUCCUGUGUGCAAUAGAUCAGGUUUUCUUCAAGGAUCUGCACUUUGCUCCAUUCACUCAUCUCUUAUUCCUGACCAGUCUCCCAGUCCCUGACAGGCUUCCCCAUAACACAAUGCUUCAGCCACCAUGCUUCACAGUAGGGAUGGUAUUAACCAGGUGGUGAAUGGGACCUUGUUUUAACCAGAUGUAACCCUUGGCAUUCAGGCCAAAUAGUUACAGACUUAGAAACUGAAGCUCAUUUAGUGUGAUCUUUGGGUUCUUGAUCACCUUCCUAAUGUCCUUCUUGCCUGGUUCGAUUGGCUGGACAGUCAGCUCUAGGAAGUCUUGGUGGUUCCAAACUUCACAAUUUCCCACUGAUGGAACCCACCGGCUUCUAGGCAACCUUUGUUUUAGUAAUUACUUUAUAACCAUCGCCAGAUCCAAGCAUCAACACUGUUCUCAGUCUGAGGUUUCAGGACAUUUCCUUAGACUUCAAGGCUUGGGUUGCUCUAACCUUAGAGGUGUGCCUUGAAAUCAAAUCAACUCAAUUUGAUGUCUAGAUACAUCUCAAUAAUAAAUGGCAAAGGAUCUGAAUACUCGCAUAAGAUAAUGGUUUUGGAGGAAAGAAAAUGUGCAGAUUGAUGUCAAUUUUGUUUUUAACAAAACAAAAUGUGGAAAAAGUGAAGUGGUCUGAAUAUUUUCCAAAGGCGCUGAAUAUGCAAUACAAAAUGUUAUGAGAAAUAAGUUAUUUUAUGAAGACAUUUAAUAACACAAUAUUUACUAAAAUAAAGUGUUUAGGCUGUACUGAGCCCCAACUAUAAAACUGAUACAUAUGUACAUAUCUGGUAACAAGAUGCCAUAUACCAGGGUACUGUGUUUCAGGAUACCAUAUACCAGGGUUAUAUAUAAGAGGAUAACGUAUAGCAUGAUACCAUAUAGCAGGACAUUGAAUACCAGUAUACCAUG